AUGCCAACUUUUGUCAGAGGCACGCUACCGUUACAGUAUGAGAAUUCCACGACCGAGUCGGUCGACAAGAUGCGGAAAAAUAUGGGCACCAGACUUUGGUAUCGGAAUUUUGCGAAUAACAAAGAGCGCCACAUGAUGACGCAUAAGUACGUGACGAUAGGGGAUGAGGAUGACGAAUCCUCGAGUGAUGAAGCUGUGCCAGCGCCAAAGCUGAAAGUCCAAAGACCAAAAACGUCAUCAGCACCAGAAGAGCAAGACCCGAGUCCGCAGAAAAAGAAGAAGCGUUCAAUUGUUGCAAAAACACAACCAAUUGUGGUAAAAAUUGAGCAGGAACCGCUGGCUCAGGUUGGACUUGAAGAUAUGGAUAGCAGUGAUGAUCAGGAGAGUGAGGGUGAGCGAAACGCUGCGCGUACGAAGAAGCGAGGACUGCGAAGUAAAGGACGAUCGGCUGUGUCUCCCAUGGCACGCAAGGAGAUGACGUCUAAGAAAAAGAAUCGCUCGAGCUCUCCUGAAGACAUUAAUGCAGCAUCAAGUAUGCCGAGGCAUGUUACGGUACUGAUGGAUGAGAUUAUUGUUGACGAUGAAGAUAGUGGAGUUGAUGAAGACCGUCGGAAAAUGCCGAAGAAAACCGGUAGAUCACCAAGUAAACCUGCUACAGUUAAUACUUCGACGCGUGUUAAGGAAGAGAGCGACAGCACGGAUGAUUUGGCACUGGAGGCUACGGAUACCAAUGAAUCCUCUCGACAACGUAGACUUAAGGCGAAAACCACAAGUCCUCAUCAACAACGGAUACAGCAGGGGAAAACAAAAAAAUCGAUAACGCAUCGUAAGACACGGAACAGCGUUUUCAGUGAACCUGCAGAACCAGCCAGAAACCGCAAAGGCUCUUUCCUAUCGCUCAGUGGCGAAGACAGCGACGACGACAUGUAUUCCGAUGGUUUUGACCCGGGCAUCACUUCAGAAGACAAAGCUGCAAGUCCAAUUGGUUCCCAAUUCAAUUCUCAAGACAGCGUUACGGCAUCACUGUUAAAUACCAAAUCCAAGACUGCAGAACGCUCGAAAAUGCACGCGAUAACUCCUCACUCCACCAAGACGAAAAGCAAAGGCCAAAGUAAGAUGGCGGCUAGAAGGAGCGUUCCUCCACUUCAAGAAGAUUUGAGCCUUAUUGCUAGCCCGAAGUCCAGAUCUUCGAUUCGUUCGCCACGAUCACUUUCGGAUGAGGACGACUGGGAAGAAGAAGAAAAGGGUUUUUUGAGGGACGUAGCGAAGGAAGUGGAGCGACAUGACAAGCCUCCUAAAAAUUCAGUGACAAGGAGUCCCCCGCAGCACUCAGAGGAUAGUAAGCAAGAU